AAGAUGCAGGCUCAGUUGGCGUGUAUGCUUCUCCUCUGUUUCACAUGUGGUGGACUUUGUACAGGCGUGGACCAGGAUCAGCGAGCGCUGGAAGAGGACAUUCUCAGCAGCCUCUUCGCUUCCAGGAUGAAACAGAAUAAGCAGAGCGCCCCCUACUGGCGCGUGUCGCUGGGCAACCUGUGCAGGCUGGUGAGCGUCAUGAGCAGCGAGGAAGAGGAGCAGGAGGAAGAGGAGGGGGGGCAGCUGAGGGAGGAGCUGUACAACCUGCAAUACAUCUGCCGAGCUCUGCAGAGGGAGGACAGGCUACUCCGUGACUCUCAAGAGUAUCUAGAGGAGAACAGUGACACCCCGCUGAAACGAAAGUCACCUUACAUCCUGAAGAGGCAAGCCGCACGCACCACCAAAUCCCGGAGGCCGUACAUCUUGAAACGAAGUUCAAUUUACUGACCGGAGAAGAUGGGUUUAGGGGACCAGACGAUACCUGUGAAGAUGUUAUUGUGAUUUGUCUCCAAUUUUCUGUGGCUGCAAUGUUUUUUCUUUUCCCAUUGUUGUUUUGAUUCAGUCAGACCCUUCGAUUGUAUGUCCGGCAUUCAGGCCUGCCUGUAUCCUGCUCCUCAAAAGCAAAGCUCCUGAAAAUAAACUUAACCUGAGCAUCAAGCAAAUGGCGUUUCCCCGAGAAACUAUAUUUAUUUACUCAAUAUCUUUACUGCACACUGAGUCUAUUUUUUGU